AUGAAGACUGCACUGAUUGGCCUGAAACUCAAGGAUACCGAGCCCUUGGACUGGUCCAAAGCGCUGGCGUCGUACCUCAAGAGGAACUACGGGCAGCACCAGUGGUCGCAGUUCUACGAUGACAAGAAAAGCGCGGAGCUGGACCAGCUGCGGAUCAGCGCGAACUCAGACCUGGGGCUGGAGGCGCUGCUGGAGCAGAAUCUGCGGUACUAUGGGUUUCUGGAGCAGCUGUACCUGCGGCUGGGGAGCCAGUCCGUGCAGUUGAAGCUGGACUACACGUGGUACGACGCGGAGCACGGGAUGAACGGGGGGCAGAAGUACAAGCAACACACGCUGGUGUUCGAGAAGUCGAGCACGCUGUUUAACAUCGGGGUGCUACUGGCCCAGCUGGCGGGGGAGCAGCUGCGCGCAAGCUACAAGGAGGCGAUCCCGCAGCUCGCGCGGGCGGUGGCGUGCUUCGAGUACAUGAGCGAAACGUUUCUGAACUCGCCGUCGGUGGACCUGCAGGCGGAGAACACGGGGUUUCUGGCGGCGCUGCUGCACGCGGAGGCGCAGGAGCUGUUCCUGCUCAACGUCAUCAACGGGGGCGACGCGGCCAGGCGGGCGUCACUGCUGUGCCGGCUUUCGUACACAUGCGCGAGGUUCUACCGCAAGUGCGUCGAGUUCUACAAGGCGGACGGGGCGGAUGAGGCGGCGGCGGCGGUGCCCUACGGGGAGGCCAAGUGGCGGGACGUGGUGAACAUGAAGAUGCACUUGUAUGAGGGCGUCGCGGCCUACAACAGCGCGCUGGUGCUGGAGCAGGCAGGAAAGAUUGGGCAUGCAGUGGGGCUGCUCGAGAAGGCGGCUGCGUCGAUGGCGACUGCGAACACACACCGAAAGGCGUUGCAGGGCACUGCGUACCUGCGAGACGAGGUUGAUCUGGACGGGAUAUCGUCUGUGGUCAACGAGAAGCUGAAAACGACCGCGAAGGAUAACGACUACAUCUACCACGACCACGUUCCCUCCGAUAUCAGCUUGGACAGUACCAAGCUCAUGGACGCGAUCAAGGUCCCGGAGUUCGACGCGGUGGUGGGCCCCUACCUUGAGGCGGCCACCGAAACAUGCAAUGACCUCUUCCGGGGUAUUGUGCCCAUGGCAGUGUACGAACGCGAGAGUAUGUAUACGGAGGAGAAAACACAGCUGCUCAGGCGCGAAGUGGAUGCCGUUGAGCAGGCAGAUUGGGAGUACCAGUCCUUUGUGGAUUUCACGAACUUGCCAAAACUGUUGGACGACCUUGAGCGCAGAUUUUUGGAUACUAGCUCCAGCUCUGAGGAUGCCGAGGUCGUGCAUAUGCGGGAACAGCUGCAGUCGUGGGCUGACGCAGUGCGCCAAAGUUCGUUCAAUGACAUAGAACAGCAAUCUAAAAACAUUCUGCGCACCAGAAACGACAUAAUGGCGUUGCUGUCGUCGGUUCCACCGGAGAAUAAAGAAGAUGUGGUCAAAAUCAAGUCCUCUUUGUUGCAAGCGUCGCAGUCCGACGAGAAGCUAUUUUCACAGGUAAAACCGUACGUUAACGAAAUACAACUUUUGAACAACCCGACGCUACUUUGGAACAACUUUAACACAUUUACCACUUCGCAGCCUACUCCUGACCUGCUAGAUCUGGAUCAUUCAAAGGCUGACGAGGUUUUGGCUAAAAUACGCCAAAUCCGGCAACUUUACGAGAAUCUCAAGCUGCUCAAAGAGGAGCGUACGAGUAUUAUGAAGGACUUGAAGGACUUGGUCAAUCAGGAUGAUAUUACUAAACAGCUAAUACUCAACAACAAUAAGUCGGAUUCGCAGAUCAAGACGCUCUUCCAGGAGGAAUUAGAGAAGUUCCGGCCUUUCGGCAGCCGUAUCGAGGCCACGGUAUUCAAGCAAGGCAACACCAUAAAGGAUAUUAAGAUUGGCCUAGAUACCAUCUUCAAAUUGGCUGACGUGCAAGAGAAAACUUCAGCGCAGAAGCAGGCUGCCUCUCAGAGGAAGGAGUUCUUUUCCAAAUUGCAGAAAGCUGCCACUGCGUUCAAAUUAUUUGAGACUGAUUUGCCAAAGGGGCUAUCGUUUUAUGACUUGCUAUACAAAAUGACAAAGGAGAUGCAUGACUUGAGUGUUACAAAACGCACAACCGACUCUGAUCUAGCUUCGAAUAUGGCAGGGCUUAAUAUUUCGUCGAGUAAGGAGACAGCAAAAUAUAAUCCUCAGCCAUUGACGGCCCCACCGCUGGCUCCUAGGACGUAUAUGCCUCCACCGCAAGCCUAUAAUCGCAAUCUUGACAUCCGCAAUGCCAACACGUAUGGCAAUAAUCUUAAUGCAGGAUCGUUAGGCCAACGGCCCCGGCUCCCACAGAAAAUUCCGACUGGUAUUAGUGGCCUUGAAACCCAAAAUGAUCCGAAGUUGAGUGAGGAGGAGAGUAUACGAAACCCUACCAACUUCUAUAACACACCAUCCGUUUUUAACGAGAGUAUGUAUUCAAAGUUUAGCCAUUAG